AUGUCAGUAGCACAAUCCAGUUCAUGGACCUCGUUCCUCAAGUCGAUCGCCCUGUUCAACGGCGAUUUGCUGUCUCUCACAGCUCCACCGUUUAUAUUAUCUCCCACUUCCUUGUGUGAAUAUUCUCAAUAUUGGGCCGAACAUCCAGAACUUUUGGUUUCCCCGGCUUCGUUGAAUAUUAGCGAUGAAGCCUCCAACAGCGAAAAAAGUGCCAUGGCUGAGAAACGACUUAUUGCAGUGUUAAAGUGGUUCAUUUCCACGUUGCGGUCGCAAUACUGUUCCAGAAGCGAAAGUAUGGGCACUGAAAAGAAACCGCUCAAUCCGUUUUUGGGUGAGGUGUUUGUCGGCAAAUGGACCGGAGCAGCUACCGGUGAUGAAAACGCUGGAGAAACGGUUUUGGUGUCGGAGCAAGUGUCGCACCAUCCUCCGGUAACGGCAUAUGCUGUUUUGAACGAUAAGAAUGGCGUUAAGCUCCAAGGUUACAAUGGUAUCAAAUCGUGGAUUUCUGCCACUUCGAUCAAUGUUCAACAAUUUGGUCACGCCAUCUUGGAGGUUGGUCCUGAAUCGUUCUUGAUCACACUCCCACCGCUUCAUAUCGAAGGACUCAUCACAGCUUCACCUUUUGUGGAACUCGAAGGCACUUCGUACAUUCAAAGUUCGUCUGGUUAUAUUGCCAAACUCGACUUUUCCGGCCGUGGCUACUUUUCCGGCAAGAAGAAUACAUUCAAGGCGCGAGUGUUCCCGGAUCUUUUGUCGUCUCAGAACAAAGAAUCGGCCAUUUGCACCAUUGCGGGCCAGUGGCUGGGUAAGUCAUAUAUCACCAAAGGAGGCUCCACUCCAAAGAAAACAGACAUUUUGUUCUACGACGCCCACAGUCCGGCCACCCACCUCAAGGUGAAACCAAUUGAAGAACAACACCAACUUGAAUCUCGUAAAGCGUGGGCUAAGGUUGCCGAUGCCAUCGCCAAGAGUGACUACGAUUUAAUCCACAAGGAGAAAUCUCUCAUUGAAAACUCCCAGCGUGAGAUGCGCAAGAAGGAAGAGGAGUCAGGAAUCCCAUGGAAAGCCCGUUGGUUCGAUGAGGUGGAUUACGAACAAGGACCCGACCAUGAUGCUUUUCUCAACUUGUGCAAUUUGGCACUGCUUUCAAUUAAGAAUGCUCCCUCAGGUACAGCCAAGAAGGCCAAGCAUGACACGGGAAGCGCCAAGCACUGGAGGUUCAAUAGAGAAAAGUGGGACGGUGAGAGUGAAAUUAAAGUAUAG